ACAGAAGAAGACGAGCUCCAGUUUCAUUUCUCUGAGUAAACAGUUUCCCAUUGAGAUAAAAAGCUGAGAUGAAGUACAUACUCGGGCUGUCUACACCUAGAAGUGGUGUCCUAGACCUGGGAAAGACCUUGGUUUCUGCUGCUGCUUACAACAGAGGUUGUAGCACCUUGAAUCAUAACCAUUUAUAAUGGAAUCAGCAGAAGACCACCUGGGCUCUUUCAGACACUCUCUACACACUCCUGCUCGCUCACAGCUUUUGGGGGAUCUGCAGACAGAAAUAGAUGGAGGGACGUCAAGCUCUUUGGGAGAAAUCACCCCUGUGGACCAUCAGAAACGUAUAAAGACGGAAGAACCUGCAGAUGAAGACUACCUCUGUGGAGGGACAUCCAGCUCUGUAGGACACAUCAAAUCUGUUGACAAGCAGAAACACAUAAAGAAGGAAGAACCCGAAGAUGAAAUCAGUCUCUAUGAAGAAACAACCAUGGGACAAAUUACCCCCAUGGACCAAAGGAACGAAGGAUUUCAAAGAAAGCACAUAAAAGAGGAAGAGUCUGAAGAUGAAGGCUACGUCUGUACAACUACUGUCUGCAAAAUGAACGAUGAAGUCUUCACCUGCUCCUGGUGUUCACGUUACUAUGCAUCUCAAAUGUACCUCCACAAACACAUCAGAAGAUGCCACUAUGAGCAAUAUAAAAUACUGACAAAAUCAGGAGCGAUGCAAUAUGACAAUUUGACACCUACAAUCAGCUCCAGUAUUCAGCAAACAAUCUUUGGUAGUCUGAACAGUAACACAUCUGAUCAAGUGCAGAAAGAAGUCUAUCCCUGCCCACAGUGUGGAAAGAGUUUUGCCCAACAGAGCAUUCUCCAAACACAUCAGUGCAUUCACACGGGAGAGAAGCCAUAUUGCUGCUCACAGUGUGGGAAGAGCUUUGGUCGACAGAGUACUCUCCAGCAACAUCAGCACAUUCACACAGGAGAGAAACCGUACCACUGCUCAGAGUGUGGGAAACGUUUUAUUCGACAACGUGAUCUGGAAACACACCAGCGUGUUCACACAGGAGAGAGGCCAUUUCUCUGCUCACAGUGUGGGAAGAACUUUAUAACCAAAAGGUAUCUGAAAGCACACCAGGUCAUUCACAAAGGAGAGAAGCCGUAUCACUGCUCAGAGUGUGGGAAGAGUUUUAUUCGACGGUCAAACCUCCUAAUACACUGGCGCAGUCACACAGGAGAAAAGCCAUAUUGCUGCACGGUGUGUGGGAAAAGUUUUUCCCAACAGAAUUCUCUCCAACAACACCAGCGCAUUCAUAUAGCUGAGAAGCCAAUUCAGUGUUCUCAGUGUGGACAGAGAUUUACUUAUUCAGGUGCAUUUAAAGUACACAAAUGCCCCAACAUAGAGCCAUCAACUUGUGAUGCAUGACAGACAUCAAGGAAUUUUAUUACAAA